CAAGCAAUACUCAAUUCCAAAGAAGAAGAAAAAAUGGAUGAAGAAAUUGAGAACAAAGUGAUACUCUAUGGAUCAUUCGCGAGUCCUUACAGCAAAAGGAUUGAAUCCAAAGUCCGGUUUUGGGCUAACUACAUCCAAUUACACCUUUACGAUGUGGUGAUAAAAGUGGUGAAAAGCGAAGGAGAAGAGCAAGAGAGAGCUCUCACAGAGGUGAAGGAGAAGCUGAGAGUUAUAGAGAAAGAAGGGCUUAAGGAGAUUUUCCCUGACACUGAUGGUGAACCGACCGUGACAAACGAGACCAUGAGCCUCGUAGACAUUGUGAUGUGCACUUUGCUUAGCCCUUACAAGGCACACGAAGAAGUUUUGGGUCUGAAGAUUAUAGACCCAGAGAUAGUUCCUGGUGUCUACGGUUGGAUCAAUGCUAUUAACGAAACCAGCGUGGUCAAAGAUCUAAGUCCUCCUUAUGAACAAGUCCUAGAGAUUCUUAGGGUUUUCAGACAGAUGUCUCUCUCCCGUUCCUGAAACUUAUCAGUCUUAAGUUUUGGAUUGCCUGAAACUUAUGUUCUCUGUUUUUUAUAUGUUAUUCUCUGUUUUCGAGACCUUUCCAGUGGUCUUGCCUCAACAGACAACAUCAUCAAGCCCAAAAUAAAACGGUGGGUAAACA